AUGGACUACGGCUACUCCACCACCUCCUACGGCGCCCAAGGCGGAGCCUCCGGCGGCGGCUUCAUGCCGGGCUCGCAGUCCGCCAACGACAACAGCGCAACCAAACGCACCGGCUACGGCAAAGACACCCUCCGGCCCGUCACCAUCAAACAACUCCUCGACGCGCACCACCCACACCCCGACGCCGACCACUUCAUGGUCGACGAUACCGAAAUGACCCAAGUCACCUUCAUCGGACAAAUCCGGAACAUCUCCACGCAAACGACCAACGUGACGUAUAAAAUGGACGACGGCACGGGGAGUAUUGAAGUCAAAGUGUGGAUUGACGCGGAAGCGUUUGAGCCCGCGGAAGGAGGAGGAGGAGGAGGAGGGAAGCAGAAACCGGUGGAGCAGGGGUAUGCGCGGGUGUGGGGACGACUGAAGGCGUUUAAUAAUAAGCGGCACGUCGGGGCGAUUAAUGUGCGGCCGAUUCAGGACUUCAAUGAGAUUUCGUAUCAUUUGCUGGAGGCGACGGUGGUGCAUUUGCAGCUUACCAAGGGGCCGCCCGGAGGAGGCAACGAGGGACAACAACCGGGUGCGAACGGGUAUGGACAACAACUGGCGCAGCAGAAUGGAGGUGGUGGUGGGGGAGGGGAUAUCUCGGGGGUGAGUGCGUCGGCGAGAAAGGUGUAUUCGUGUUUGAAGAGUACGCCGCAGACGAAUGAGGGGUUGCAUGCGCAGGAUAUUGCGGGGAGGGUGAAUAUGGAGUUGAGUGAGGUGAUGAAGGCGGGGGAUGAGUUGUUGGGGUUGGGGAGGGUGUAUACCACGGUGGAUGAUGCGACGUGGGCGAUUUUGGAGAUUUGA